UGCAAGUCAUUCUGUUUUACUGUUUUACAGUUCUAUAGUUCUGCUGUAAGAUAGUUCAGAUCUUUGUAGUAAACAGUCUUCUAAUUUUUUGAGUACAAUGUUUUCGGCAGUAACGCAUCAAAGUAACAAUAAACCACUAGCAGACUACAAGGCACCAAAUCAAGUACCAUUUAGUCCGUAUGAUUUUAAUGGAGGAACUGUCCUUGCAAUUGCUGGUGAAGACUAUGCUCUCAUUGCCACAGACACACGUUUGAGUCAGGGCUUUUCCAUUCAUUCACGUGAUUGUCCAAAAACUUAUACCCUCACUAACAAAACUGUUCUGGGAUGUUGUGGAUUUCAUGGUGAUGUGCUUACACUGACAAAAACUAUUGGAGCAAGACUCCAGAUAUUUGAAAAAGAGCACAGCAAAGUUAUGCCAACUCCUUCUGUGUCUGCCAUGCUUUCCACUAUACUGUACUAUCGCCGCUUCUUCCCAUUCUAUACCCAUAAUCUUGUAGCAGGAUUAGAUGAUGAUGGCAAAGGAUGUGUCUAUAGCUUCGAUCCAGUUGGGUCCUAUGAGAGAGAGGUUUACAGAGCCAAAGGUUCUGCCUCUGCCAUGCUACAACCACUAUUAGACAACCAGAUAGGAGGCAAGAAUCAGCAGGGUUACAACGUCCAACCUAUGCCACUGCAGCGCUGUAUUGCUAUGGUGAAGGACGUUUUCACCUCAGCAGCCGAACGUGACAUCUACACUGGAGACAAUAUUCGCAUCACUGUGGUCACUAAAGAUGGGAUCAACACUGAAUCAUUCCCGUUGAGGAAGGAUUAGUUUUCUAACACUUUUUUUCUGUUGUAUGUUUUGUCCCCAAGAAAUUUAUCAGUGUUGGAUCAUGCUUUUUUAACUAUGGUAUAAUGCUAAGUUAAUUUCAUCCAUUUUAUUCAUUAUUUUCAAGUUCUUUUUGCUGCAUUGUUUUUUAAAAAAAUGUGUAUUGUUUGUAUUGGAAGAAACACAGGAACUGUUUAUUAUGUAUAAACAUCUGAUAAUAAAUUUGAAUUAAAUUAUCUAUGGUUAUAAUUUUUUAUUAUAUUUAAAUGUUUUAUUUUGAAGUAUUAAGAAUAGUCCAUAUUGCCCUGUUACAUAGGAUUAUCCCAAAUUUGUACAGCUAAUUUUAGCUAGUCUGCAAUGAUGUUUUUACUGACAUUUUUCUGUACAGAGUUUUAUUGAUCAUUGAGAUUCAGCAUA